CCUAAACAUGUCAUCAGACUUUGUUUAAUCCAAUAAUGCGGAUACCCAGCAGACACUAAAUCAGUCCACCUUUCUCCCGCUCCAAACGCAGCCUCACUGUACAAGCCCUAACAGCCGGUACUGGUUGAAUUUUAUUUGUAUCGGUGCCUCCUAUCUUCCUCUCUUGUUCUUCGAUCAAAAAUGGCGGCUUCAUCAAUCUCUUUCUAUCCAAAAACCUUCACUUCCUCACCCACACCCAAAACCCAAGCCAAGCCCUUUAUCAAUCAUUUCUCAAAUUCACUUCGAUUUCCCACCGCCGCCUCCACCUCACCAGCUAUUUUCACGGCCUCAACCACCUCCAAAGUUCCGCGGGCCUCUUCCGUGAUUUCACGCGGUACUAAUGAAGCUGUCAACGCAAGUACAAACACAUUUCACGGCCUCUGCUACGUGGUGGGCGACAACAUCGACACUGACCAAAUCAUUCCCGCCGAAUACCUCACAUUAGUCCCGUCCAAGCCCGAGGAAUACGAAAAACUCGGCUCUUAUGCUUUAAUCGGUCUCCCUUCGACCUACAUCACGCGCUUCAUUGACGAAAAUGAAACCAAAACAAAAUACAAAAUCGUAAUCGGGGGAGAUAACUUCGGAUGCGGGUCUUCUCGUGAGCACGCGCCGGUGGCAUUGGGAGCGGCUGGAGUUGCGGCGGUUGUUGCGGAGAGUUACGCGAGGAUAUUUUUCAGGAACUCGGUUGCUACGGGGGAAAUUUAUCCAUUGGAAUCGGAGGGAAGGCUUUGUGAAGAGUGUAGCACGGGUGAUCUGGUGACAAUUGAGAUGGCUGAGAGCCGUCUGAUUAAUCACACGACGGGUAAGGAGUAUAAAUUGAAGCCAAUUGGCGAUGCUGGGCCUGUGAUCGAAGCUGGAGGGAUUUUUGCCUACGCACGAAAGACCGGAAUGAUUCCCAGCCAUAAUUAAGGUUUUCAUAGACUAGCAUUUGGGUAGGUGUCAAACUGUGUUUUCAGAUGCUUGGGAUUUAAACUAUAAAAAGAAAUAAUUACCCUUGGUCAGGUGCUGAAAUGCUUCUUAUCUAUUUUAGUAAGUUGUCUCAGGACUUUUCUCAUUGAUGUUGGAACCUAGAACCUUGUUUUUGGUUUUGGUAUUUAGCUGAUUCUCGUUAUUGAGUUAUCUUGCUUAUGUAAGUGAUCAUGGGAACUGAUGCUGAUGAUCUUUCAUUAAUUUGCGGAUGUUGAAGUUAUGCUGGUACCGGAUUUUGUUUUUUAA